CACGCUCGCGUCACGAUCACGUGCCCGGCUCACGUUAAUACCGACUCUGAAUCACUGAGUCGACACCGCGUUACUUCGGAAGUUUCGGAGCAGUAUUUCGAGUUUGCCGUUAAUAAACUGGAGCGGUGUUACUCGCGCAGUGCAGCGUGAUAUUAAGAUCAUUGUCGCGUGUCUAGCCGAGGUCGCACGCGCCAGGAGGAGGCAGAGGAGUGAGGAGGGAAGAAAAGCCCAACGGUCGGACUACAGCAUCGAGCACUACCAGGCCGCGAUGGCCGCGGAGGAGCUCUACGAGGUUGAGGGAAUUGUUGGCAAACGUAAGAACAAGAAAGGAAAAACGGAGUACUUGGUGCGGUGGAGAGGCUAUGGUUUUGAGGGUGACACGUGGGAGCCGGAGGGAAAUCUGGCCAGCUGUGUAGAGUUCAUCAGUGACUUCAACAGCCAGCACAGCGGCAGGCAGAGAGAGGGCACCUGUUUACGUUCCACACGCAGGUCCCCAAGCACGGGCCCUGGGUCCAGUAACAACGCACGCAAGCAGAUGAACAGGCCUCCACCACAUAACAGCAGCCUGAGCUCCAGCCUGGGGAGGACUUCUCCAGCCACCCCGAGUACGCCCAUGAACAGCGCUGCAAAACUGCUCCACCCACCACAGAGCGCCCUGGAUAACAGGGUGGUGGAGGCCAAGGCAGACACACAGCAGCAGCCUUUUCUGACCAAUCAGAGCUUGCGGUGCUCUGGAAGUGUAGCCUACAACAGCAGCAGUGACUCGGCGGGCAGCGUUACUGACUCCGGCCCUGGCCCUGUCCCCAUCCCUGCCCCCACCCCUGCUGUUGGUGCUCUGCGUUGCAGUAUGGACCUAGCCAAGUCUGGGAUCAAAAUCCUCGUGCCAAAAAGCCCAAUGAACAGCCGUGCUGACUCGGAGGAGUCCCCCAGCGAGGCGGCCCACAGCCUGGAGCAGGGUGGGCAGGAGGCGGACACUGUGCCCCCAGAGGUGGCUGUCCAGGAGAAACCCGUGGGGCUGGUUCUGGGGCCAGGACAGGAGCGGGCACGCAUGGGCACGCGACCACGGACACAGAACACCCUGCCAGCACCGCAGGUCCCCAUCACACCUGCUGCUGUGCACACACUCAACGGGAAGGGUGCUGCCACAGUUCUGGAGGCCUCGUCAGCCAAUGGGGCGGCCCGUCUGCAGAGUGUUCUGGCAGGGGUGGUGCCCACCUUGAGUGUGACGGGUGCCAUCGGGAAACGGAGGAUUGAGGAACGUUCUGCCUUCGACAAACGUCUGCGGUUCAGCGUUCGCCAGACGGAGAGCGCUUAUCGCUAUAGAGACAUUGUUGUGAAGAAACAGGACGGUUUCACACACAUUCUGUUUUCCACCAAAACGUCUGAAAACAAUUCACUAAACCCUGAUGUGAUGAAGGAGGUUCAGAGCGCCAUGGCAACAGCCUCAGCGGAUGACAGUAAGCUGGUCCUUUUGAGUGCAGUGGGCAGUGUGUUCUGCUUUGGACUAGAUUUCAUCUACUUCAUCAGACGACUCACAGAUGACCGCAAGAGGGAAAGCAUCAAGAUGGCAGAAACCAUAAGGACAUUUGUGAACACGUUCAUCCAGUUCAAGAAGCCGAUCGUUGUGGCCGUGAAUGGACCUGCUGUUGGCCUCGGAGCCUCCAUUUUGCCUCUAUGUGAUGUGAUCUGGGCCAAUGAGAAGGCCUGGUUCCAAACACCUUACACCACCUUCGGCCAGACGCCCGACGCCUGCGCAUCAGUCACGUUCCCUCACAUCAUGGGAGUUGCUUCAGCCAGUGAGAUGUUGCUGAGCGGGAGAAAGCUGACAGCACAGGAGGCGUGUGCCAAAGGCCUGGUGUCCCAGGUGCUCUGGCCUGGAACCUUCACUCAGGAGGUCAUGGCUCGUAUUAGGGAGCUAGUCUCUUGUAGUUCAGUUGUUCUGCGGGAGUCUAAAGCCCUGGUACGGAGCAUUAACCGUGCUGCGCUGGAGCAGGCGAACGAGAGAGAGUGUGAGGCGCUAAAGCGGGUCUGGGGAUCUCCACAGGGCAUGGACUCUAUACUCAAAUACCUUCAGAAGAAGAUCACUGACUUCUGAGGUGAUGAAGACUGGUAAUUGUAAGAUAAUUGACCUUUAGGUAAUGGACUUUACAAGUGCCUGAUGAGAGAGACAAGAAUUUUUAAUUCGACAUAAAAGUAGUAAUAAUCCUCAGUAUUCAAAUUUUUCAGUAGUUUGUUGCAAUACGGUAUUUCUUUGCCUGGAUAUUUUUAAAUUAAGAUGCAGAUAUUAUCCCCCCCCCCCCACACACACACAAGGUGUGGAUCUUCCUGUUUGUUACUAACAGUGCACUUGGUUCAGGUACUAUGCAGAGAACGGAUAUAAAGAAUAUUCAGUUCAGGUUAAGAUUCAUCUUACUUCUGUCCUCGUAACGUUUUGGGAUUAAACUUUAAUGUGCUUUCUGAAAAUGGCUGUAAAUCCUUUUUUUUAUUCCCCAGUGGUUUGGGGAAACUCUUUAUGGCCUUAAUGUUAUUAUAUUCCAUCUUAUGCUUAUCUCCACAUUAGUCUUUUUUCUUGAAAAUUAUCUCGACCUCAAGCUAUUAACAUUUGUACCACAGCUAUGUUAAGCUUCCACCUAUAGAAUGUGUAAAGUUAUUUAUACUGUUAACUAUAGUAUUUAUUGAACACACAGUGUUUGGGGAUAUUGUCUUGUGUGUCUUCCCCUAUGAAUUGGUUUACUGUAAAUUCUUAUUUGGUUCAUCCCCUAUUUAUAAUUGAUUAUAUUAUGACAACAUAGUUGUUUUUAUCAUUUAUUUUGGAAAGUCCUGUUUUGUUAACUUGUCCGAUAGGGUUUUGUAAGUUUGGGGGGGGGGGGGGG